AACCCGGAAGUGCUGCCUCAGCUAGGUAGCACGGCGCCCCAUUAGCAAAAUAAUGCCACGAAAGCGGACAUGUUUUGACGUUUAAUUCUUGUUUUACUCGAGAGUAAUUUUAAAACAGAUUGGAAGGUCUUGGGUGGGUCGUACUUGUUAAAAUAAAUGGACAAAGACAAGAGUAGCGACAUUCCUGAUCACAGCUCUUGGAUGGAGAUGCAUCCGUUCAUUGGUGAGAUAAUCACAUCUACCUCCAAGGAGCAGCUUGAUGUGGCCAGUGUGUGGAGCAUGUUAGGAGGCGAGGCGUCACUGGAAGCGCUCCAGCUCGCUCGACCAGUGCAGGACAGGACGGAAGCAGCACAGAGGAAAAGCAAGGCCAGAGACGAUGUGCGUCAUGUCUGCACCUGCCCAGGCUGCCCUUUCUCUUCUACUUUAGAGCCUUUGAAGCACACACAAGCACUGCCAGGCUCGGAAGUAGCUUGUCAUCCCAAAGACAGCAGCUCUAUCACUCCAAUGACUUCACCUGAUGGCACCACUGAACCAAGCAGCCCCAGCACAUCCGACAGCAGGCACAACCCUGACACUCCUCCAUCCAGGCAGUCCUCCUUGGGUCACAUCUCCUCCAUAUUUCCUUGCCUGUGUUGCCACCACAGCCUGCAAAGCUGCAGUCAGCUGCUGAGCCAACACGCCAGCAGGGACUCUACAUUUUCCCACACUCAUCACCACUUUCACCACCAUCACUGUCCCAUCAGCACCUGUCUGUCCCGCCCCCAGCUCGGCCAGUCUCAUUCCCAGCAGCUCUCUGCCGCCACUCCUUUCCCCUGCUUGGCGUCCUUGCAUCGACAGCUUCAGGAGGAGCGAGGUCGCCCGCUGACGACCCUCACGUCACAUCCCUGCAUGCACUGCCCCGCGUCCUUCUCCAAACCGUCCCAGUUGCUGCAACACCAGCGCUCCGAACACGCCCACAAGCCCUGCGGCUUUCUGUGCAUGCAGUGCGGGAGGACCUUCAACUCGCACAGCAACCUCCGCAUCCACCUCAACGUGCACACCGGUGCCCGGCCGUACACUUGCUCUGAAUGUGGCAAAGGGUUCAGCCAAUCCGGCGCGCUCAAGAUCCACAGGCGCAUUCACACCGGAGAAAGACCUUACACCUGUGGCUUCUGCGGCAGGGGGUUCCCACAUCUAGCUGGCUUUCGAGCCCACCAGCGGACUCACACAGGGGAGAAGCCUUACCGCUGUAGCCAGUGUGGGAAGUGUUUCACCCAAUCAGGAGCCCUCAAGAUUCACACUCGCAUCCACACAGGUGAGAGGCCCUUCAUCUGUACCAUCUGUGGAAAAGCUUUCUCCAAUCGCUCCGGCAUCCGCUUCCACAACACCACGGUCCACGGUCUCCCUCCGGAGCAGUUGGGACAGGAUCGAGCAAGAGGACGCCCACCCGCGAGCCUACACACUCCCAACAGUCCUGAUAGCAACACCGCAUUGCUGACUGCCACGCCAUCCAGCUUAACUCUGCUCGCUGGAAGCAAGUCCCCAUCUGAUGGCGAGAACCCAGACAGGAACCGAGACGGGCUGAUGUACGCUUGUGAGGACUGUGGUCUGCGUUUUAAGGAUGCUCCUUCCAGGAACCGACACCAGAGUCAGGUGCACUACUCCUCUGAGGGGAGAGUGGAAGAGGGAGUGCCUAAAGAAGGAAGCAUAAAUGCGGGAAUCGCACAUGACAGUGGAGAGAAAGUAAGAGUCACCAUUGUUUAACCUAAUAAGUACUGUACAUUAGAUACAUGAACAUCUGCUACGAUAUCAUUUCGGCCAGGUGUGGCACAGUGAGCAUCCCCUCAGAGACUAUAUAUCAUUCAGCUGGGGCCUCCUCUACUCCCUGAAAACUCUAUUUCCGGAACUUUUGUGGUGUUUUCUGAUAACCCCAGACUCUCUUUACUCUCUCUGUAGUAAAUGUAGAUGUUUUUAAAUCACUUCACUUUGACAGAACUGAAUUUAGUAGCUUUGAAGAAUAUGUUUUUCUUUGUUUGUCAAACUCAUCUCCCCUGAAGUCUUUUGAUGCCUCCCAGUGGAGACGUACCUCAUGCUUUAAAAAAAAAAAAAAUGAUAUGGAUGAUAUUUUUAGACUUGUAUGUUUAACUUAAUCAUUUUUAAACCCCAAAAACAUUCACUGGGCAAUUUAUUAGGUACGCCUGCACAAUCUAGUGAACUCCCCUACAUAAACUCCACUUCAGAUAGGACGUUGCUGUCAGAGAGGUAUUACUAGUAAUUCAACAAGGUGUUUGCAGUGUUGUACAACAUAGAUGCAUCUUAUUCACAAACUCAUGUGUACCCAUUAGUGUACCUAAAGUUGUGACCAGAAAGUGUGGAUGACUGAUGGAGUCAUUGAUCAGGUUUAUGAACAAUCACAUUACAAAAAGAGGUUUUAUUGUGCCUUAAAUGUGGGAAUUUUGGACCCUUUUAUUGAUAGCCAAAUUUUACCAUAAAAAUUGCAGGAAAAAAAAAUCUAAAUGAAAAAUUGCUUUCAGUGCUACACUAAGUAAAGCAGCUCUAAUUAGGAAAAUAAGAACAUUUUUAGAAUACUAUGAUGUGCAUCACUGUACUUGUCUUUGAAUAGAUUUUUUCGCAAUUAGCAUGAAUACUAGUUUCACAUUUAAAUGUAAUUUAUUUUAUAUUUAGUAAAUUAACUUAAUGUUUUUACAGCUAGGAGUCAAGGUGUGACAGUCUUUCCAUUUCAUUGGUUGGCACAAAAACUACAUUUCAGUGUUGUCUCCUGUGUCCUAAUCAUUGCGACAACAUAGCCAUUGUGCCUUUACGUGUGAUAACAUUUUAUAUAAUUAAUAUAAUAUAUCCGUUACUAAUAUAACCACUGUUACUGUUGUUUAGCAAUUCUUUUCGUUUGCAAACGCGUACAACUUACUAGAGCCACCUCGUGGUAGCUUGUAGUCAUCGCGACAAUAUGGACCCCAUCAGCAGUGCGUCACGGCCGCUGAGAGAAAAUCUUUUCAAUUGUAAAUAUAUAUGUUGUGAUAACAUGUUAUUUGCUGUUUUCCAGUCAUGUGUAAUAUAGUUUCUGAAAGUGCAACUUGUGAAACAUUGAAUCAAUAAAAAUAAAAAAGACGAGGAGCCAUAUUGUCUUGAAAAUGUUCAUUUC